AAAUGAGGGCGCCAAACACGCCCUUUAAUCACGCACAGAAAAGCAGAAAAGGGCUUGCCGUCCCAUGUCAAAUAUUGUCUUCAAUUGGCCACAUUUCCAAGACCCCAUGAACGGAAAUUAUCGAUAUCUAGACAUUCAGGUUGACAGCACGUGAGUUACCAAGUGGAGAAAUAUUGGAACCGAAAGUCAGCACAGCAUCGUUGUUUCAACUUCCUCCUCCGUUGGAAUUACCCGUUACGAAGCAAGUCUUGAAAGGAGAGAGCAGAUCAGACCGGUUUGCAGAGGACAGACGCCAGUGUCAGUGUUGUGUUGUUGAUGCACUUGCCAACAAUGCAGAGCAGUCGUCAGUAGAUGAGGCAGAUCUCUACACUCUGUGUGCCUAGCCAUGGCCAAGGUUUCCAGGAUACUAUGGGGCAGGCUGAUUCUGAAGUGCGGGUUUUGUCUGGCUUUAAUCAUGACAGGUAGCAAUGCCCUCUCCACUCCUGUGACGAUCAUACGAGGUGAUGACAUCUCUCUGCCUUGCCAGGCCUACUACGCCAUCUCCUCCAAGAUCGACCCGUCCACCGUCAUGGUGGAAUGGAUCAAGGGCACCAACACGCUGGUGGAAACCGGCCAAACGGUCAACGGCCGGAUGCGACUGGACGCGGGUAACUACGGCCUGACCAUCUCAGUAACCGCACCAGGGGACCAGGGAUUGUACACCUGUCGGGCUGAAGGGGAACCAAGCACACCUAGCACCUCCAGUCCGCUGUUGAUGAUGACCACACGCGUUACCUUGACAACAACAGCUGACAGUAUUUUGUUCGAGGAGUCUAAUGUUACAUUAUCUGUUGAAGAACCAACAUCUCCUGGGGAUCCUAUUUCCAGGGUAAUCACUAAGAAUUCCAUCGACAUCUCGUGGAUGGGGACCAAUGGACCAGUCACCUCUUACUCCGUUCUAUACAGUGAGGGUACAACGACCCCCACCCCAGGGGCAGUCCCCAUGAGGGUGCCCAUCUCCCCAGGCCUACAGACCUCCCUCCUGGUAUCCGGCCUGCAAGCCUACACAGACUAUAGCUUCUGGGUGGAAGCCAGAUACCGUGGGGAUUAUACCAAGACAAGCGGGGUGGCCGUGUUCCGUACUGCACCCGGGACUCCAACAGCACCACCGCUGAAUGUUGCUGCAGUAGCCAGUAGUGCAUCCAGCAUCCAGGUCACAUGGAUGGCGCCCUCUAUUGACUCAGUCAAGGGAGAUCUGAUCGGCUACAAAAUCCUUCUGCGCUCGGAAGGAAUGGACAUGUCUUUGCUGUCAAUGGGCACCGCCACGAGUAAAGAUGUCAUGGGUCUACUGUCCUACACCAACUACAACAUCACAGUGGCAGUGUACAACAAUGCGAUGGGGGACGCUGCUAUUGGGCCAUACAGCAUGGAAGUGUUUGCACAGACACUUGAAGACGUCCCCAGUCAACCAGAAGAAAUCAAGACAGUCUUUCAGGAUGAGACCAGCAUCACAAUCUUCUGGAAAUCACCGAUAUACAUCAACUCAGUGGCGGUCACCUAUAACGUUGACUUCAGAAAGAGUGGAGCUCCCGACUGGAUGAGGAUAACCACAAACACAACGCUGGUUUACCAAACUACGACGGGCCUGGAAAUCUACACCGAGUACGAGUUCCGUCUGACUCCAGUGAACAGGAUCGGGGAUGGACCUCCGAUAACACUCAGGGCUUUUACUGACGUUGGAGCUCCGGGCCCACCCAUGAACAUCACGGUGCAAGACAUCGGCAUGGGACGUGCCAAGGUAUCCUGGAUGCAACCUGAGGUCUUCUACAAGAGUGUGGAUAGCUACACAGUCACCUACUGGGAGGCCGGCAAAAAUGUCACCAUGAAUGCUGUCGAGGUUGACAGACUGUGGCGGAUCUUGGAUAACCUUGAAGGCGGUGUCCAGUACGUAGUGGUAGUCCAAGCCGCUACCACCAGCCUCACGUCCAAAGUCAAGCAAGGGGAAGCCUCCCAAUCUGUCUUCUUUACCAUCGAAAAACCAGGUGCUAACACGACGGAGGUCCCAGGCUCCACAGCUGCACCCAACAGCACGGAGGGGUUAGGUACCCAGCCCGCUGGCUCCAACGUAGGGACGAUAGUUGGCGUGGUGUUUGCCAUGGCAUACGUGCUGGCUCUGCUGAUAGUGGGGCUCACCUUCCUCUUCGUCAGGAUGCGAAAGAAGGACCGUCUUGUAUUUGAAAAGCAGGAAAAUGGGGUGCCACCUGCCUUUGCCAAACCAGAUGAGCUGGAAGAGCCUCCCAUACCAGUCAGUAAGUUUGAGGCUCAUGUUAUCGCUAAUCACGCUGACAGCGAUGGGGGCUUUGCAACAGAGUAUGAGGAUAUUCAGCGUGUAAGCACCAGUUACCCCGCUCUAUCCAGCACAGACCCCAAUCUCAAAUACAAGAACCGAUACACCAACAUUGUGGCUUAUGACCACACAAGGGUGAAACUGAGUGUCUUGCCAAACCAGCCCUUAUCAGACUACAUCAAUGCCAGCUACAUCGAUGGUUACGGCCGACAGAAGGCCUUCAUCGCCGCCCAGGGCCCACUGAAGUCCACGUUUGAGGAUUUUUGGCGGAUGGUUUGGGAGCAGCACACGAUGGUGAUUGUUAUGAUCACCAAGCUAGAGGAAAGAGGAAGGCGGAAAUGUGAUCGCUACUGGCCAGCUAAAGGAAUGCCUGAGCGCUACGGGGAAUUUGAAGUCACACUGGAAUCCAAGGAGAAGUACGCUAGUCACAUGGUCCGUUACUUCCUACUCAAGCACAAACACAGGAAGGAAGCUCAAACACAUGGUAAAGCUCCUGAACGCAGAGUGGUGCAGUUCCACUUCACUGAUUGGCCAGACCACGGAGUACCAGCCUACACGUUACCGGUGUUGGCAUUUGUCCAGAAAUCGACGGCGGCUAAUCCUGAGGAUGCUGGGCCGAUGGUGGUCCAUUGCAGUGCUGGAGUAGGUCGUACAGGCACAUACGUUGUGAUUGACAGCAUGCUGAAACAGAUGCAAGCUGAGAACAAGGUCAAUGUCUUUGGCUUCCUGAAGCGAAUCCGGACGCAGCGGAAUUACCUCGUGCAGACAGAGGAGCAGUACGUGUUCAUCCAUGAUGUUCUCCUGGAGUGGCUGAAGGCAGGCAACACCACCGUGCAGGGGGCAGACCUGAGACAGUACACGGACAGGAUGACGCUACCUGAUGAGCAAGGCAAGGUCCUACUGGAUGAACACUACAAGUUCAUCGCUACUCAAAAGAUCCGGGAGUACGAGUUCUCCAAGGCCCGCCAUGCUCUGAAUCGCAGCAAGAACCGAAGUAAACUCCUCCCCAUCGAGAGGAACCGAGUGUCCAUCUCGGGCGUGGCUGGGCAGGACAGUUCUGACUACAUCAACGCAUCGUUCCUACAGGGUUACCGUAGGAACAAGGAGUUCAUAGUGACCCAGUACCCGCUGAAGGACACCAUGACAGAGUUUUGGCGUAUGCUGUGGGAGAGCAACUCAACGACCAUCGUCAUGCUAACGGACAAGGAGGAGGAUGAUAGCCCCAUCUAUUGGCCGACCAACAAGGAUGAGUCGUUGACCUUUGGGACCAUCAAGGUCACGCUGUGUGAGGAAGAACAUUCCAAUAUGUCUUACAUCACUAGGGAGUUCCUUCUCUGCUGCUCACAGGACGAUGACCAGUUGACAGUCAAGCAGUACCACUGUAGCUACUGGCCAGAUAGCUGCUCACCUCUCCACACAGCAUUUGACCUCAUCUACGCGUUGGAGGAGAGAAGUCGUAUGCUGGCGGUGGUCAACAAAGAUGUGGUUGGACCAAUCACGGUCCAUGAUAGGUUUGGGGGGCGGCAAGCAGGCACGUUCUGUGCACUCUCCACCUUGCAUCAGCAGCUUGCGAUGGAGAACAGCGUCGACGUCUACAAAGUGGUCAAACUCUACGCCAACAAGAGGCCAGGCAUGUUUGGAACAAAGGAUGAAUACCACUUCCUGUACCUAGCCCUCCAUAGUGUGUACACUGCGGAGCAGCAGAUUAAAAACUUGAAGGUGCAGUCGCUGAAUCGUCACGAUUCUGAAAGGAACAAAGAUUGGCACAAGACACGCUACCUGACAGCGUUACCAGACAGCAGCAACCUGCGUCAGAUGUCGGACUCGGCCCGGAACAGCUCCCUGGACAGUGACAACUGGUACCGGGCCCGCAGCCAGACUGUAGCCAGCACGGGCACACAGCGCAAUCAGCGGCCGUCUAAGUUCUGGCAUCGCCGGACCAAAUCAGAGAAACGCAAGCCCACCAACCCAAGCGUCACAAACGCCAACGCGCUGGAAGUGAACACGCCACCAGAUGACGCCCAGGGUCCAGAAGUCUACGAUUUAGCUGAGACAACCCACGACGGUCUGCCAAUGGACGGUAGUCUGGACUCAGAUGCCCACGUGGGCAACGGUACGCCAAGCACCGUACCAGACACCACGGUGCUACCUGAGAUCCAUCUGAACGGCUUAGACCACCUCCAGAACGACAAGCAUGACUCAGUGCACAUUGAGGACGGUGAGACCAUCGCGCUCAUGGGACAAAUCUCGCCUGAUAUCUCCCAGGAGAACGUGGAGAUGCCGACAGACUUCCACUUUGCUGGGACUGGGAAGAACAAAUCAAGGAGCAGGGAGUCCCUGGGCACGCACAGCACCAAAUCAGAAGAAACACGCAUGUGACCAGUCAUGUGAUCACACAUCACCUGACUACACACCAUUCUCCAUCAUGAUUAUAGCUGUCUUUUUCGUUUCAAGCCAUGAGGGGAACGUCAAAUCUAGGAAAAAAAUGCACUGAAAGUCCUCAUGAAGUCAAAUAAGAAAAAUCUGUGCGACUGUGAAAGUUCAUAAGUUGUCAACUUUCGCCCCCAAUAGUUUGUAAAUAGUAUACUAUGGACAACCAUGCAUCGUUGGUAUGACGUAGUCUCAUUGUAGACUCUGACUUGAUUUGAACAGUGUGUUUAAAUUAAAACUGGUCAUUAUGUAAGUUUAUCAUUCCAGUUAAAAAAAAACAACUAAGAAGUGCAGGAUUUUUUCUGUUGUUUAAGGAGAUGUUGCCUCUGUGUAAUUUCAGCUUGACGUUGCGUUGUCAGCCAGAGCAGUGGGUUUUUAUGCUCUGUACAUGUAUGUAUAUAUCUUCUGGAGCUGUUUGAAAAGAUGAAACAGUCAUCAUAAAAGUAAAAAAUGUAAAAUAACCUUGAGGUUCUGAAGAAAGAAACAGUGAUUAGGUUAUGGCAACAACAAAAAUAAAAGCAAAUUUUGAACAGGGUUUCAUUUUGAGUUUGCAGUUCAUGUUGUAGCUUUUUUUUAAAUACUACUUUAACUUGCUGCAACUUGACAACUUCAGGCUUUGUACAAUGAUAAUCAGACGGGUUUGCACACCGCUAGCUUAUCAGUCAUUGCUUAGGCAUGAAGGAUGGGGCAUUAUUGUUUUAUUUUGAAUUAAGUUAUUACAAACAUUUUGUACCUUUUUUCCCGAUGAACUUGCAUUUUGCCAAAUCGAUAUUUGAAAAGUUACAUUUUUUUAUAGCUGCCAAUGUACCUUUGUACCAUUUCUUUUAUAUUUUGAACAUUUUGGGUAAAGAAAUACUGUAAGAGAUUUUUUUUAAAAAUAGCCCUGUAUGAUAAACCCAAGGGCAAGAAAAAUAACACAUUAUAUAUUGUAGACUUAGAAGCAGUUAAAAACCACAGAGGCCUACGUAGACUGAAUCUUGCUCCGUUGGUGUAUGCCAGUAUCCUAACUAUGUAGAAAGUCUCUCUGUUAAUUCUUCAAAAAAUCUGACAUUUAAUAGUGGUUUCUGACUCUUCCAUCAUGUAGCCAUAUUGUUCACUUUCACAAACUUCCAACUUCACCAUUUAAAAGAAUACAUAAUUUCAUGUGUCACAGACACGUUUUAAAAAAUAAUUGUUCUUCAAAAUGUUACACUACUACACUACGACAUUUUUUCGUAUUUUCACAGAGUAGUCGCAUAUUAUCUCAACUGAAACACAUAUGGUAUGGCAGAAGUGUUUAGAGUGAGCCAUUUAGACAUUGUCCUAAUUACAUGAAACUGCUACAUACGUGUAUAAAGCGAGAAGAAUAGAAGAGUAUGUUUCCAAGAUGCGAUAGAAGCCAUUUUGUUACCUCUUAGAAUCUCGCUCUCUCCUGGCUGCCCAAGGCUAGUUUUGACGGCUGUUAUAUAGUUAAGCACAUUUUAAAUUUCUCAAGUAAGAAGUGAACUUCUUUGUUGAUGACUCCAUUACUCUAACCGUAAUUCAGGCGUUUUAUGCUAUGAAACAAAAUUUUGUUUGAAUCGAAAAUAAAGCAGGAGUCGGUGUCUGGAAAUUGGGCAUGGAGUGUAUUGUACAUGCAUGUACACGUACAAUUGUAUAUGUGACUGCAGCGUGGCCCAGAUUUCGGACACGUAUUUUUGUUCGCCCUAUUUUCCAAUUUUGUUGCCAUAUGCCAGUUUCAUCUCUGACAUUUAAAGAAUACAGUGAAGUGAAAAAUGAAGUUUAGAAACAGCACUUGGACUGUGUUUAGUCUUUAAAGUUCUUAACCAUGAAAACUUUUGACUUCAUUCAAAUGGAUAUAUUGCUUUUGAAAAUAAACUUCUAGUUUUCAGCAAAUGCUUCAUGCUGAGCAGAAAUCUGCUCACAUUAUACUUUACCUGACUAUUUGAGCUGAUAGCCUGUUUUUGCUAAAUAAAUAAUUUCUUGACCUAAACAUUUAUCCAAGCUUUGUAGCUCAAUCAAACUGGCCAUCACGUUUGAAAAGACUGUGAAUUUGUCCGUAUAAUUUGGGAUGUGUUUUGGUAGAAAAUCCUGUGAAUGUGUGUGCGUGUCAGCAUUGAAAGUCCAUAAAACAUACAGAAGUUAAACAGCAGGACCUGUUAUGUACAUAUCUGGCUCAAUGGGUCUUUUGUAUAUAGUGCUGUUCAGUAAAUGUUAAUAUUUAUAUCCCCAAAACUACCAUUUUUGAUUUUUUUUUUUUUUUUUAAUGAAAAUUUGUCUAUGUAUUAUUUUAUUUUAAUUUUUGUAUUUUUUUCUACGUUUUGUUUAAAGAGUAUAUCAAUUUUAUAUGAUGAAACCAUGACAACAUUUAGCAUUUGUUAAAUACCUUAAUAAGUAGAGGGGACAGUUGACAGACUUUUCAGUUGAACUGUUUUUAUUUAUUUCCUCAUUUUAAUUUUUUUAAAUUUCUUUACAAAAGGUAAAAGUGUGUUAUAUAAACAGGACGGUGGUGCAUUUGAAUGUAAUCUAAAACAAUUGUCAUACUUGUAUAAAUUAAAUCAUAUUGUGACAGGGUGGCAGUAUUACAGAAUGUGUGCUGACAAAAGGUCGCCGUUUGUUGUUGAAAAGAAUGGUCAGUUUUUGGUGUCUUGUUUUUAAAUUGCACCAGACUUGUCAGACUUGACAUUUGACGACUAAGUGUCAAAUUCAGUCAGUGAUGACUAUUAUUAAGAUGAGUUUUUAUACUGGAGAUCAUUUUAAAAAGGAAAUUACUUGUGGCUCAAACACAUGUAAAUACAAUCAUGAAAAUCUGCACCGUGUUUGUUGUCAUGUAGAUUUGGCAAAGAAAUUGUAUUGACUUUCUUUUGCUUUUUGCACACAAAAUUAUAAUGAAAUAUUAUUCCAAGUUAUGAACAUUUGUUAAUUGUUCAAUCGGGGGACAUACAGGAUUUCAAUUUUGAAUCAAACCAGUGCAUUGUGGGCUUUCUACUAACCGUUAAUGUGUAAAAUAUUUAUUACUCAAAUAAAAACUUGUGCCUAUAUAAUGUGAUUACUUAACUAUUACUUGCUCUGUAAAUGGUGCAGAUUUGCAACUUUUUUCCCAAUUAAUUCUGUAAACUGAUAAAACAAAAUGAAAAGUUCCUAUAGACAUUUGUUCCUCAAAAUUGACAGUCAACAUUGAUAUAGCAGGAUUUUAACAAUCAUUAUGUACAGUAACACAUGCGUAGGCAGACAAGAAACAAGAAUCAAGAAACAAUAACAAGAAACAAAGAAUGUAAAUUACACUAAAUAAACCAACUAAAAACAAAGGUUUGUGUGGGAUGUUUGUGGAUGAAAAGUGGAAUAUCCGGGUCAUUCGGAAGUAAAUCAUUCCAUGCUCAAAAUAAAAAAGAAAAAGAUUUAGCAAUCAUUCCCAGUGUCUAAGUAAACACAGAUCGAUCAGAGUAAAUCAUACACAUGUAUAAACUAAUAACUGUUAAUAAUUAUGAAUUAAAAACUUUGGGGGCUAGUCUUUUUGUUAAAGUGCAGUAUGUAGAUAUGUAAUUUAAAAAGCACAACUCAUUAUCUUGUAGAUUGUUCAAUUUUUUCAGUUUUGUGUUUUCAUUUUGUUUUAGUAUCACACGUGUAUGACGUACAAUGUAAAUCAAAACAAAGUUCAUAUCCAAUGAUUUUGAGAUUAAUAAACAAGGAGCUGUGCAUUAUAA